GGCAAGUUAUGCAGCUUCCAUUUUAAUCGCUGAUUUUGCCCAUCGCUAAUUCUAGGCUUCUAUUUCUCGGCUCCAGACAUCGAUUUGCUCGGCACUAGUUUUUCACUCGAUCUAACUUGUACAAACGAUACGGAAACGUCACCAACAGCUGGAUCUGUUUACAGAAGCCUCAACAACAAUGCCCUUUCUACAGAUACCACGCUAGCAGCCCAUGCUAAUCCCGACGCGCCAUAUAGUUGCUGGAAUGUACCCGAAGCACCAUUGUCCGCUGCCCACAUCGAAAACAUCUUUUUGGAGUUUGCCAAUAAAUACGGUUUUCAACGCGACAGCAUGUAUAAUAUGUACCAUCAUUUAAUGACAAUGCUGGAUUCACGCUCAGCACGAAUGUCCACUACCCAAGCCUUGUGGUCGCUUCACGCCGAUUAUAUUGGUGGCGAACACGCCAACUACCGAAAAUGGUACUUUGCAGCACAACUUGAUCUGGACGAGCAAGCUUUUUCGACGCGAAGUCCGUCGGGACAGUUGUUGGUGGAAGCGAAGCGUGAAUGGCGCGAACGCAUGGAAACCAUGUCCAAUCGUUCUAGGGUAGCACAGCUAGCCUUGUACCUCUUGAUUUGGGGAGAAGCCGCUAUCUUACGAUAUAUGCCCGAAUCGUUGUGCUUCAUUUUCAAGCUGGCUGAGGAUUAUCGCGAAGUAGCCGAAAGCAGCUUGGCUGAAGAAUUGGAUCCUGGCAGUUUUCUCGACAACGUUAUCACACCUUUGUAUCGAUUCGCACGGGAUCAGUCAUAUACGUCGGUCCACGGUCAGUAUGUUCGCUUGGAGAAAGAUCACAACAAUACUAUCGGCUAUGAUGACAUCAAUCAAUUGUUUUGGGACCGCCGAGCCAUUGCGCGCCUUCGACUUCGCCAAGGAUCACUCCUUCAUGAUAUUGCACCUUGCGAGCGAUUUAAUGCGCUGGUUCAUGUCGACUGGUCCAGUGCGUUUUGUAAGACCUUUUACGAGACGCGGUCAUGGUUACACUUGAUCACCAACUUCUCACGGUUUUGGAUCAUUCAUGCCUGCAUUUUCUGGUAUUACAUGGCAGCCAAUGUCGAUUUUAUCUACACGUCCGAUAUCAAAAAGGAACUCCCGGUCAAGCUUUCCAUUAUCGCCUUGGGCGGACUUGUUGCCGUUCUCAUCAUGAUGACCGCGACUGUUGCCGAGUUUAUGUAUUUGCCCAUGUCCAAAAAGACGGCCAAAAUAUUAUUGGCAAGACUGUUCUUCCUUGCUCUUUUGACGCUAUGCCACGUCUUGGUGACCGUCUACGUGAUUCAAUUCGAUCGGUCCAGUAAACAAGCCCUGAUUAUCUCCUCUUGUCACUUGGGCUUUGGGGCCAUUGCUGCUAUCGUUUUGGCAGUUUUACCCCCAGUGAAUCUGUUUCACCAGCGACAAGCCGAACACCAACUGACAAGCAAAACUUUUACGGCCAACUUUCCUCAGCUUAACAACGACGAUCGAUUUCUUUCCAUCCUUUUAUGGGUAUGUGUAUUCGGCUGCAAAUUUCUCGAGACAUAUUUUUUCCUUGCGCUGUCGUUCCGAGACGCCAUUGCUGCCACGGUGACGAUGCGCUUGCGCGAUUGUGCCCAUGACGCUAUUUUCGGUCGUUGGCUGUGUACGGUCCUGCCUGUGGUGACCAGCAUACUGAUGUUCAUGGUUGAACUGGUGCUCUUUUUCUUGGACACUUACCUCUGGUACGUGAUAUGGAAUACAAUGUUUUCGGUGGCCCAGGCUAUUCGACAAGGCAUUUCGAUCAUGAUCUCGUGGAAAACGCUGUUCGCUCGCCUGCCGCAACACAUGUACGACAAAAUCACAGCGACAACCGAGCUUGGCAGCGGAUAUCUUCGAAAGGUUGCGUGUUCGCAAAUGUGGAACGCUAUUGUCAUUUCAAUGUACCGCGAGCAUCUGUUGUCCAUCAAUAACUUGCAGUAUCUGCUUUAUCAAGCGCACAUUACGUCUGACUCAGAAGGGGUAUCUUCCCGUGAGCUUCGAUCUCCCCCAUUAUUCGAUCCCUCCAGCGAAACGAAGAAAGAGGACUGUUUUCCGCCUUACUGUGAAGCUGAACGGCGACUAUCCUUCUUUGCGCAAAGUUUAGCGACUGACAUUCCCAUGCCAACCUCAGUCGAGCGAAUGCCUACAUUUACUGUAUUUACACCUCAUUACGCGGAAAAGUUGCUGCUGUCCCUGCGCGAAAUUAUACGUGAAGAAGAUUAUACGACGCGCGUCACCUUGUUGGAGUAUCUCAAAAGAUUACACCCCGCCGAAUGGAACAAUUUCGUAAAGGAUACCAAAUUCAUCGCAGAGGAAGAUAAGCUUGCUAGCCGGCCUGAUGAAAAGGAUGAUUUGCCUUUCUACUGUAUUGGAUUCAAAUCCUCUGCACCGGAAUACCAAUUACGCACUCGGGUAUGGGCUUCCUUGCGCGCACAAACAUUAUACCGUACCGUAUCAGGAUUUAUGAAUUACGCCAGGGCAUUGAAGAUUCUGUACCGCAUCGAACAUCCAGAAUUAGCCGACGAAAAGAAAGAAUCUGAAGUUGUGGAGGACCGAUUGGACCGUAUUGCACACCAAAAGUUUCGAUUUCUCGUGGCCAUGCAGCGUUAUGCCAAAUUUAGCUCGGAGGAAGCCGAAAACUGUGAAUAUCUUCUCGAGGAGUAUCCGCACCUGCAGAUCGCUUACAUUGAGGAGGAGGAGGAUAAAUCGGGAGGAGAACCCACGUAUUACUCUGUCCUCAUUGAUGGUAAUUGCGAGAAACUGCCAAACCAUAAACGGCGACCACGGUACCGAGUGCGACUUCCUGGCAAUCCUAUUUUAGGCGACGGCAAAUCCGACAAUCAGAAUCAUGCUCUAAUUUUCUACCGCGGCGAGUACUUGCAACUUGUUGACGCCAACCAGGACAAUUAUCUCGAAGAGUGUCUCAAAAUACGAAGCAUAUUUGGUGAAUUCGAGCAAGAUGAGGCACCUGACUUGGAUGAGAUAUAUGCUUUAUCCACGGAUCUCCGUCCGGCUGUUUCUCCUGUCGCGAUUGUGGGAGCGCGAGAAUACAUUUUCUCGGAAAAUGUUGGGGUACUGGGCGACGUCGCGGCCGGUAAAGAACAAACAUUUGGAACGUUGACGCAACGUAUCAUGGCCAAAACGGGUGGACGACUGCACUAUGGUCAUCCCGAUUUUUUGAACGCAGUAUUUAUGACCACUCGAGGCGGCGUCAGCAAAGCACAGCGCGGAUUGCAUUUGAAUGAAGAUAUCUAUGCUGGUAUGAAUGCGCUCUGCCGUGGUGGGCGAAUCAAGCACACAGAAUAUCUCCAAUGCGGUAAAGGACGUGAUCUUGGAUUCUGCUCAAUCCUCAAUUUUACGACCAAAAUUGGCACUGGCAUGGGAGAACAACUAUUGUCGCGCGAAUAUUACUAUCUUGGUACGCAACUACCGUUAGACCGAUUUCUGACAUUUUAUUAUGGCCAUCCGGGUUUCCAUAUCAACAACAUCAUGAUUAUCUUUGCUGUGCAAGCUUUCCUUUUCUGCAUGACUCUGGUCGGCACUAUGGCGGCGUCAUUACCCCACUGUCGGCGCGAUAACUGCUUCAACGUACGUCCGGUAUAUGACUGGCUUGAACGGUGUAUCCUUUCAAUUUUUAUGGUGUUCUUCAUUGCAUUCAUGCCACUGUUCCUCCAGGAGUUGACCGAAAAAGGCACUCAUCGCAGUGUUUGGCGAUUGAUCAAGCAAUUUCUUUCUUUAUCGCCCCUCUUUGAAGUGUUCGUCACGCAGAUUUACGCCAAUUCGCUGUUAUCCAAUUUGAGCUUUGGAGGGGCCAGAUAUAUUGCUACCGGCCGUGGAUUCGCUACGUCGCGGCUUCCAUUCUCUGUUUUGUAUUCACGUUUUGCUAAUCCAAGCAUCUACUUUGGCGCGCGGUCUAUUUUCAUGUUAUUUUUCGUGUCCCUGACUUUAUGGAUUCCACAUUUAUUUUAUUUCUGGGCCACUGUUACGUCGCUUGUCAUAUCACCAUUCAUCUUCAAUCCGCACCAGUUUGUCUUCAUGGAUUUUAUCAAUGACUACCGAGAAUUCUUGGGAUGGUUUGCAUUCGCUAUCCAGCGCUUUAUUUUCAAAACAUUGACAGCGCUAUUUCUGACCCGCGAGCUGCAUCAUGACGCCACCAAUCGUACUUGGUGGACCGGCAAGUGGCGCGGAACUCAGCUUGGUCGUAGUGGUGCUCGAGAAUAUGUCUGUAAAAUCGUUGAGAUGUCCAUGUUUUCCACUGAUUUCAUUCUGGGGCAUCUGAUUCUAUUUGGGCUUUUCCCUUUGACACUUAUUCCAUCAGCCGAUCGCUUGCAUUCUCUCAUGUUAUUCUGGCUGCGCCCAUCGCAUCAAAUUAGACCGUCUGUCUUACCAAUGAAACAACGCCGACGUCGUAGACAGAUUGCUCUAAUCUACGGUCCCGUAUUUGGCAUUGUAUUCCUAUGUUUCGCUAUCUUCAUUGCCAUACCACCUCUGUUAGCCCGUACAUUGGAUUUGCCCAUCAGUCCCUACACAUAUUAUUAGCCCCACAUUGUCAUACUGUGUCCAUUUCUCCGUCCGUUUCUUUUUAAUCCUGCUAUGCAGGCGAUAUCAUCCAUUGAUUCUCAUGCAGUAAAAUAUACCAUAGAUUUGAUUUAAAUUCAUUCAUGACACAGACAUUUGUGCACACAAUUGAUGUCAAAAAAAUUCUGUAGUCCUGUAGCCAUAUCCGGCCAGUCAGAAUAGAAAAUGUAGGGGUUU